UAAAAUAAUCGCUUUGCUUGGGUAUCAUCAACCCAUGUGACCACUAAAUAUAAAAGUUAAGAUACAACCAAAAAAGAAAGUAAGAAGAAGAAUGAAAGUCACAUCAAUCAAACCCUAGGCACUCAUCAUCUUAUAAAUUAGUUAUCUCCACUAAUUCCCACUUUCAUUCUCAGCCAAGUAAGUAUACAGAAUAAUUAUCAUCAACAUGAUGCAGCAAUCGGAGAACUUGGACUAUUACAAUUAUUUGGCUUCCGGUGAAUACAGUCUUGAUUUCCCGGUGAGUAAAAUUUAUUCUACUUAUUCAUUUUACCCUGAAGAAGAUGGAGGUAAUAAUAUUGGUGCAGCUUCAAAGAAUAUUAUUCAUAAAGAAGCUGAAAGAAGAAGAAGAGAGAGGAUCAACUCUCAUCUUAAUCAACUCAGAACCCUUCUUCCUGCCAAUUCUAAGAUAGAUAAAGCCUCUUUAUUAGCAAAGGUGGUUCAACGUGUGAGGGACCUAAAAGAGCAAACCUCAAAAAUCAUGCAAUUUGAGACAAACUUUCCUUCUGAAAAUGAUGAAAUCACCGUACUCUCAUCAAAUGAUACUUCAUCUGAUGGGAGAUUGUUAAUCAAGGCUUCAAUUUGUUGCGAGGAUCGGUUCGAUCUCAUGCCUAACCUAAUCGAAACCCUAAAAUCGCUCCGAUUGACUCCUCUGAGAGCUGAAGUGGUUACUUUAGGAGGGAGAAUAAGGAACGUGAUCAUAUUAGCUGCUGAUAAAGAUUAUACAAACGAAUGUUUGCUGUUCGUGAGAGAUGCAUUAAUGUCUAGUGUUCAAAGUUCGAGUAAUGGUACUGGACAACGGGGUAAAAGGCGAAGAGUGUUGGAUCAAGAAAUAGCAAACUAGCGAGGACCUAUCUUAUUUUAAUCUUAACCCUAUUUAUUACGUGCGUACUUAUAAAUGUCUAAUGAACAUUAGAUUUUAUGGUUUUUUUUUUUUGUUUUUUGACAAGGUUGGAUUUGUAAUAACUAGUUAGGAAGUUCAAACAAUGUUAUGCAUGGAAAGCCCUAAAUGUAAGUAGCUGUAUGAUGUGAAUAAUGUAUAUGAAUGCCAACAAGAGGAGAUUAUAAACUUCUCAUCAUUUCUA